AUGCAAUGUACCACGAUACACUGUGCACCCAAAGGUUGGCGUGAUUUAGAAGCCGCGAUCGAGAACGUCCGGCGGCACAAGUUGGGACCUCACAGUGCAUCCAGUGGCGGGUCUCGCUGGACUCCGGUGGCACUGGUGCUACUGAUCGUAUGCGCUGGCGUUGCGACAGUGGUGUACGUGGAGACCGUCCGCUCAUCACUGCUGGACGCUACAGGUAACGCUGCUGGAGUUAUACUGCACAACCGGGCGUUCCACGACCAGUCCAUGGUCUUCCUGCGGCGGCUGGCGGAGGACUUCCUGAACAGCGCGGAGACGGAGGAGCUGCUGAAGCGCAAGGUGGAGCAGCUGCUGUUGAGCUCCGGUGAAGUUCUGCGCGACACCGUGAUUCGUCUGCUGCACCAUGACGAGGUCACUAAGACAGCGUACGCCUUCAGCCGCCAGAUCACAGAAGACCUCUGCAAGGACGAAGAGGUCAUUGAGUAUGUGGGACAGCUACUAUUGGACGCAAUCAACACUAAGACGGCCGUGGAUGGUGCCGCGAAGUGGUUUGUGGACAUCGCUGCACGCGACGACACUGUUGAGGCCAUCGAGCGUCUGCUGUGCGAGCGUGUCUUGUCGAACGCCAACGUGCAUGCGGAGGCCCUCGACCUGAACGCCCGUAUCACCAAUGUUCAGUGCAAGUCUGUGACUUCGCAGUUCCUGAGCGCGGAGUCGACCAAGCGGGAGUCGGUCGCGUUCAUCAAGUCCGUCCAGGACCGCCCGUCGAUCCACGCCCACCUAUCGCAGGCGCUCAUCGAGGUGCUCAAGCAGAGCUUCUACCCGCGAUGGCCGAUUUUUACGACUUGGGAAUUUAAUGGUGCCACAGGUUUGUGGAUUGCAUGA